AGCUUUACAGUAAAGACCCGCCCUCUUAAACAUUCCUGCCUCGCAUAUUUAACGGAAGCGUUCUGCUGAAAUAAGAAAUAUUCAUCAUACAUUUCAUAAAGCCUGUUCUGUGCUAUUCCGCCUGUUCUAUACUGUUGUCCGUUUUGUCGACCCCAUUGCAGACCGAUCAGAAGAAGAUAAAACGUGUUCCUACUACGGAUAACAAGCAGUAGAAAUGCCUCGCAUUGAGAAUGACAUCAAGUUGGACUUCAAGGAUGUGCUCCUCCGUCCGAAACGAAGCACACUCAAGUCCCGUAGUGAGGUGGACCUGAUGAGAAGUUACACCUUCAGGAACUCCGAGGGAAGCUACAGAGGAAUCCCCAUCGUUGCCGCCAACAUGGACACUGUCGGCACUUUCGAGAUGGCCCUGGCGUUAUCCAAGUUCACUCUCUUCACUGCCAUUCACAAACACUAUUCAGUAGAUGACUGGAAGGAGUUUGCAACAAAGAAUCAGGAAUGUGUACAGAGUGUGGCAGUCAGCACAGGGACAAGUGAAGGGGACUUUGACAGACUGGGUGAGAUCCUAGCCGCUGUGCCUCAGCUGCAGUACAUCUGUGUGGAUGUGGCCAAUGGCUACUCAGAGCACUUUGUCCACUUUGUCAAAGACGUGCGUCAGAAGUACCCGACACACACCAUCAUGGCAGGGAAUGUGGUUACCGGGGAGAUGGUGGAAGAGCUGAUCCUCGCCGGCGCUGACAUCAUCAAAGUGGGCAUCGGACCAGGGUCUGUGUGCACCACCCGUAAGAAGACCGGGGUGGGCUAUCCCCAGCUGAGCGCUGUGAUCGAGUGUGCAGACGCUGCCCACGGCCUGGGCGGACACAUCAUCUCUGACGGUGGGUGCACUUGCCCAGGUGAUGUCUCCAAGGCUUUUGGCGCGGGGGCGGACUUUGUGAUGCUGGGCGGAAUGCUGGCCGGCCACUCAGAGAGCGGGGGCGAGGUCAUCGAGAAGAACGGGAAGAAGUACAAGCUGUUCUACGGCAUGAGCUCUGAUACGGCCAUGAAGAGACACGCCGGGGGCGUGGCCGAGUACAGGGCAUCUGAGGGGAAGACGGUGGAGGUGGUCUACAAGGGUCCCGUGGACGUAACCAUACGCGACGUCCUGGGUGGGGUCCGCUCCACCUGCACCUACGUGGGCGCAGGGAAGCUCAAGGAGCUCAGCCGCAGGACCACCUUCAUCAGGGUCACCCAGCAGCUCAACACCGUCUUUGGGAACGAUAACUAGGCGAGGUCCAGGCUGGUUCCUGGGCGGAACAGGGUCAGGGGGGGGUGGUGGUGUGUUUUGUUUGCUGCCUGCCCCUGUCACAUGGAUGCUAUUACACAUACUGCACGCACACACACACACACACACACACACACACACAAACACACACAGAAUCAUACACACACACAAACACACAAUACUGUAACCAUUGAUAGUAAGAAUCUGUCAUUUGAGAAACGUAAAAUUUGGAUAAGUGUUUUGUUGCCAAAUCAAAACCUUUUUAGGUGACACUCAAAACAAUCCCUUAUCUAGGAGUUUAUUUAAGUUUUGAUAUUUUAGACAUAUUUGGCUUUUUUCCUGUAAAUUACCAGAAAUGGACAUUUCUUUGAUAAUAAGUGAACCGAGGAUUGUUGUGGUACUUCAGGAUGUAUUUUUGUGUCAUCUUGCUCAAUCAUUCCCAUUCAGAUCUGCAGGCUUUGAGUACAGGCUUCUUCUCUCUGUCCAUUAUUAUCUACCAAGUCCUAGAAUCUCUCUCUCUUUCUCUCUCUCUCAAUCCCCUCUUUCUCCUAACACUUCUAUGCACGUCACCGCCAUGCUAUAUGAAAGCCACAUGCAAAAAAUAGAUGUAGAGUAUUUCACUGUAUAAAGUAUUUACUAUAUCAAGAGUACAGGUAAAGUUUAUUCCAAAAACAUAGUUUUUAUUAUUUUAGAUAUAUUCAAUAGAUGAAAAUAUUCCUUAUAAUUAGCAAUAUUGAAGAUUUUUAUGUUAAGAUAUUUCUGGUUAUUUAACUUAAUCCUUUUCAAACUCACUUAAAUAAAUAUAUAUUGACCUUGAAUGAUAUGCAAAAAUGUUAGAUGAUAUUGUAUUCCAGUCUUUUUUUCCCCAUAGCUCCUUAGUUUUUAUGUUAUUCUCAUGCGGACCAAAUAUUAAAGCGAUGAGGGAAAAGAUAUAGUGAAACUACUGACAAACUGUUUCGUGUACUGUACAGCUACAGUAGAAAUUCAAGUCAGUCAAAUUACACCCAGUAUGUUGAGGGGAAACUUGUGGAAUAAAGAAUGUGUUCAAAGUAUGUUGUUAAAAUAGGCUAAAGAGGUGAGGGAGACAGGACAGCUUUGAGUAUUACCUUGACUUACUGUUGAUUUCACACUUUUCUCAAUAUUUUAUAUAGUCAGAGACAAUAUAAAAUGUCCAUGCAAUCAGCAUUUCCCAUUAUUGUACUUGACUGUGUCAGUUACUUUGCGCGAAUGUUGUCUCUGUCUAUGCAUUAUUAUGUACUUGUAACUGGCUAGUUUUCCCAAAGGAGGUAUAUUCACUUUACUUCAGUGUUUUGGAGGAUAAUUCCAUUUUAUAUCUAUCUGGUUUUAGUCAAACAUGUUAUGCAGGUUUUAUUCUACUUUUCUUCAGUCUUCUCACUUCUUUCCAAUAAAGAGCAUUCCAUAUGA